AUAUAAACAUUUAAAUAUAUAAACAUGAAAAUUAAUACCCGCACGAUUGUGCGGGUCCAAAUCUAGUGUAACACUUAAACAAGUGGUCUCAAGCACAUUUUAUUCAAGUCACAAACACCUCAACUAGUCUUGUAGAAACCCUUCCAAAUCAGGCAAAUUGGGCUGAGAGCUCUAAAUUGAACAAAUUGACAGUAUAUAAUAUAUUGUAGUAAAUAGAAGAAACUUAUAAAGCCAUGUUUAAUUCUCAAGAUUAGCACAUGCUAGGAAAUAUACAUUGCUACUAACUCCUUAAAUUAAAAAUAAAGAUUGAAUAUUGUGAACUGAAAUAAAUGCAUGUUCGAUUUUUUUACUUUAACUUGUUGUGUGCUACGGAUUCUAAUAUCGUGAAAAAGUGGUGUAGUGCUCUUUAUUUAGGAAUGUCCAAGCAUAAAACUUGUGGCAUGAAAAAAAAAAUUCCUGAAGAAAUUUUAUGGGAAAGAAAAGAUCAUUCUCGGAAUAAAACCUCAGUAUUAAUUACAUUCCAGUAGCAUUGUACCAUGGAAUAUGCUUCUCUCCAAGAUUGUAUUUAAAUGCAAACAUUGAAUUUUUCAGGUUACAAUUGUGGAGAAUGAGAUGUAUCAAAGGUGAAAAUGCAUUACAGGGCAAGAUCUCUAUUGGCAGGAAACCAUUACUUGACCUUUGCAUCUCUUUAUGCAUUGUUUUGUAGUGAGUUCUCUGCCAAAGGAGAUUUGCCCGGUAAUUCUUCUGCGCUAAUAAAUCAACUAAUUAUAUGUGAUCAACCGAUCAAACUCAGCACAGAAGUAAAUUCUAUUUUUCUUUGUUUUUGUGUAGCAUUGGUUUACGUUCAUCCGGGUGUGGAGAUAUCUAUUCCUCUUUGUAUGAAUAUAGAAGGUGAGACACAUUUUAACGAGAAAAAACUUCAAUUGAAGUUAUUUUAUUUCCUUGUUUUCAUCCAUUUUCUUAGUGGCUGUCUUCUUGCUCUUCACACAUUGGAUAUGCUUUAUGCUCAAGCCAAGGUCAGUACGGAGAAACAUUGCCUUCAUCACCAACAGUUACUCAUUACCUUAUUUAAUACUUCCUCUACUCGUAAAAGAUAAAUAUUUAAAUUAAAGGUUUUUUGAUGAAGUUUUUAAUACAAUUUUAUAAGUUAAUAAUGGUGAAUUGUAAAAUUUCAAAACAUUAAUUGUAUUUUUUAAAAUACUAUUGGUUUAAAAUUGUGAAAAUAGGUAGUUUGGAAAUAAUACAUUUAUUAUCAAAAUUUAUCAUGUUUUGUUAAUAUGGGUAAGGACACAUAAACAUACAUCUUUUAGAAAAGAGUAAUAUAUUUUUGCUAUAAGUUAUGCAUUAUACAGAAAUGCUAACAAGAGCAAAACCAUGUAUUACUUAAUACCCACUCUAGAAUAUAAAGCCCAUUACGAGAAUAAAUAUGAACAAAUGUAGGGAAGAAUGCCCAAAGGCAGCGGCUCGCUUAAAUGAGAAAAGUGAAACGUCCAUCGUUGACGAGGAGACCCUCACCGAAAACCAUACUUGCAAAACCUUUUUUUAACACACCAUACUUGCAAAAACCUAAUAUAAUUUUCAAUUAAGUGGAAGGUUCUGUAAAACAAAGCUAACAGAUAUUUUCUCUCUAAGAAAGUUAAUUUACUUUAAACACUUUUAACAAAAGGGAAUUAGUUCUGCUCAAGUCGUAAACAUUGCCAACAACCAAGCUUCAGCAGCAUCAUAGAUUAUACUUACUAAUCUAUAGGAUUACUUUUGAGUAUAAAAUCAUUUGCUAUUAGUGUACAAUGUUCCCUUAGUAUUUUUUGUGUUUAUUUUAUUAAAACAAUGAGAAAUUGUAUUUAUCUUUAAAACCAUGUUUACAAUAAAUUCAUAUAGUUGUAAGGGAGAAUAAAAGUUACGCAAGCUUGAAGCACGUAAAACUAAAGGCGGAAAGUUUUGCAAAAUUUCAUCGGAUUGCAAACCAUAGCACGAGACCAUGCUCAUAUCUAUUGUCUUAACAUGCUUCAAAGAGAUUAAAGCCUGUUGCGUACAUUCUUGUCUAUGAUUCAGUGAUGUAUUGGGAGGCUGAAGGAAUAUCUCCAUGUCGCCUUCUGUUGCGUAUUUUUGUGUAUUUAAACUCACUCUAUCAAACUAAGAGAUCCCUAGAACAGUAUAGCUUCCAUUAUGACAUACAUGAUUAAUGUAGCAUGAAUCAUAUAUGUACAUUAGAUUAAUCUUGCAUUUGCAGAAUAAAUAAGUUUAGGGGUAAUGAAAAUACUUAUGGUAAUCUAGAAAUAUUGGUUGGAAAAAAGUACAAGAGGAUAACAAAUAUCUAGAAAUAUUGAAAUCAUAAAAAUAAUUCAUGACAUGUUGUACAGGAACCACGGCGAGGUUUUAGGAAAAUUCAGAGUCUAAGAGAUGCCAAACAAUUAAUCCCAUUUCUUAAAAAUAUAAUAUUCCAUGAGAUAAGCCACCAAUAAGAUAUUUUAAUGCAGUCAACCUAUAACAUAUAUAAAUAUAGGUUGCCAAAUCGUGGCUAUAUAAUUGUUGAAUUCAUUUAUAUUGUAGCCGCAUUGCUUCACGCAUCAAUACAUUUCAAUUUCUUGAAAUAAUCAGCAACUUUCCUUGUCAAAACUUAUGAGAUAGUUGGUAUAUUUUAUGUUUAGCUAAAAAUAUCUAAACUUAGCAUAUUGUUUCUUGGUCAAUCAUGGAUCUCUUAGUGGCACUUUCUAUUAAUUUGUGUGUGUGUUUAAUUAGUUAAUUACAUAUAACUUCUACAAUAAUUAUAAAAUUAUAAUGUUUUUAAGAUCUGUGAAUUGAAUGGAUUCUAGCAAGUUGUAGAUAUAUGGCAAAUCGACAAUAGGGGCUGCGUUUGUUUUUCAAAAUGGACAAAAUGAUGAAGAUGACGGCAAUAAGAAGCCAAGUCAACACGCGAAAUGUUCAUACCACUUGUUUUUUUCAUUGUUGAUAUGAAUAAACUAUUUAUCUGAAAAGAAUCUUGUAACUAUAUAGGUAUUUUUUGUCCUGUAAGGCGAACAACACGCAUCACAAUACUAAAAGGGGAUAAUCUCCAAUUCUAUAUGUCCACGUCAGCAUAAAUAAUUCUCCAAUCAGAACAUUUCGUUUUCGGGUUGGGCUUAAAUUUUUUUCUGAAUUGACUUAUGUGUGUGGGUUUCUUUUGAUUUGGGAUUGGGCUUUUAGAUCAUCUAAUAAUUAGAACUAGGUCUACGACGCGGAGCUGAAGUCGCGUGUCUCUUCUCGCCUCCUCUACCACUUCGUCUUCUCUCUUCUCCUCUGCCACUUCGGCUUCUCCCCGUAAACCAUUUCGACUGAGUUUUAAUCGAUCCAUCAAUACUCCUUCUUUAUGGUUUCGUUUCAGCUCUUUUUUUCCUCCUUCUUUAUAUACUGCUUUCAUUCCUGUUUGCAAAUCAAAACCCUAAAAUCGCUCAAACCUCGAUCCAUGGCGAUGAAACCAAAUGGAAAGUCAAUUGUCUCCUCCGAUUACGACGACAAAGUCAUGUUCUUCAAAGAUGUGUCACUGGGUCACCACGAAUCUCAGUUGCGAUUUCGGCUUAUCCAUUUCUGGGAGGCUUGGAACCCAAUAAAAAAGACGCUUAUUGGGUUGGAGAUGCUGCUCAUCGACGAACAAGUACCUAGAUAUAUAGAUCUUCCCGAUUAUUUACUUAGAGACGUUCCUUGCUUACUUAUUUAGGUUGUGUUUAUGUUUUUCUUUGCAUGGAACAAUUAUUCAAGGAUUCAUCUCCCCAGGACGUAUUGAAAAAUAUUUGCCUGAGAUGAAGCGAGGGUCUGUCUACAAACUCAACAACUUCUAUGGAUCCAUAAACAAGUCGGUGUUCCGGGUUUGUGAUCAUACCGCGACCGUGUCGUUCUCGUGGAAUUCAGAACUGUCGGUUCUUCUAGACUGUCAGACUCCUUUUGAUGAAGACAGUUUCCGGUUUCAUUCUUAUGAAGAAUUUCAAUCCAGCUGUUAUCUCAAAGGAGACCUCUAUGGUAAUCUCUGCAUGGCUUGAUGAUUAGACUUAGUAUGUAGGCUUUCUUGAUGAAUGAAGUUAACGAUUUGAGAAUUUUGGUUUGACUUAGUCGUACUCUGGAGUCAGUCUUGAAAUAAUCUCUCCAUUGCUUGAUGAUUAGAUGUCGUAUUUAGGCUUUCUUGAUGAAUGAAGUAAACGUUUGAGAGUUUUGGUUUGACUUAGUCGUACUCUGAAGUCAGUCUUGAAAUAAUCACAUUUCUUGGUUUGACUUAGUCGUUCUCUUAAGUCAGUCUUGAAAGAAUAAAAUUUUGAUGAAAGUAAUUCAUUUGUUCGGUUUGUAGCGUUAGGUAUCAGAACUUGCUACUCUCAGCUCUUGAAUAUUAUUGAUUUGUUGAGUACUUUAAACUAUUUAUUUUAUUAUUUUUACUUACACUCUUCAUGAACAAUGGUAUAGAUGUUGUUGGCCACAUGAAGUUGGUUAAUGGCCAGAGUAUCAUUGAGGCCUGUGUUCUUGACGAAGUGGAGAUAGAAAAGGUGAGGCGUGUUCUGAUUCAUGUCCAAUCACAUGAGUAGGUUUUCAUAAUUUCUUAAACACUACGUCUCUCUACUCUUCUUAAACCCUCAGAAUCGUUUUUUUACAGUGGACCUGUGAUGAAGGUUUACUUUUGGGAUCAGGCUGCAAGAGACUUCCGCAAAAAGUUUAAUUCGUACGAAAAAACACCCACCGUGUUACUGGUCACGGCCGUUAACGCACAGACUCUCGGAGGUACGGAUUUCUAUCUUUAAUAUAGGUUUAUUACAGUUAAGUAUCUGCAGUUUGUGUUCUUUAAUGGAUUUUUCUUGAUACAAUAGGUACUCUUGCCCUCACCUCAAUGUCCUCCUCGCGUGUAUUUAUGGACUACGAUGUCCAACCUACUAUAGAUUACUUCGGCUGGUAAAUAUUAAUCUGUUUUGCAUUUGCUCUUUAUCUAAAUGAAGUACUCUUUAUCGCGUUACAUCAUUGCAGUGGCUGACUGAUUAAUAAUUUCUACUCUGUCUCAGGUUGGGCUCUAAUCCAGCUAUUGCUGAGCAGGUUAAUGCAGAGGUGGUAACUAAACGUGAGGCAAUGACUAUAGGGGAAAUAUUCUCCUACAUCAAGCAGGAAUUUGCAAAGGUAAAACUCAAUCUAUAUAUGUCUAAUCAGUAAGCAAAGCUUAUCCGCUUAUACACUCUCGCAGGAUGCUUUUUUUGAGUGCACGGCUACAAUCGAUGACGUCGUCCAUGGCUCUACUUGGUACUACAUUGCGUGCAGUGGGUGCCAUACUAAGGUUACCAAACGCCCUACUUCGAUGAUUUGUACAAACAGCAAGUGUGGGAAGGUUAACGUGGCCAGAGUUGCAUAGUAAGUACUCUCGACUGGAUAUUCAAUUGCGGUUUAUUGGUAUUAUCUUCUGAUUCUUUCAUAACAUGUACCGUUCAAAGAUAUCAGUUAAUGACAACAGUGACCAAGCUUUCUUUGUACUACUUGGUGAUGCUGGUCGUGAGUUGACUGGGAAGCCUGCAUCAGAAUUAGUUAGAAACUAUUUUGAGGUAAAUUUUCAUCCAACAAUGUUCUCUAAAGUAUUGACCUGAUGCUGUUGUACUUGAAUGUCAGGCUAACGGAAAUCAAGAAUGUAACCAUGAGGCGCCUGUCCCGGAAGCUUUGAUCAGCACCAUCGGCCAAAGACACAAAUUUUGUGUCAAAGUGACAGAGCACAACCUAUCUGGCAAGACCCGGUCUCUUACUGUGACCAGCAGCCACAGUAUACUCGGAGGAAGACCACACUACUGCAACUUCGGAGAAAACAUUCAAAAGCCGCCUUGGUUCUGCAGAGGGGAGUAAGAGGACUUGUGACAGUGAUGAGAUAGAGGAAGCUAAACGCUUUAAGCGUGGGAACUAGAGCUUCCGUACGUCUACUAAAACUUGCAUGGUUCAUUGCAGAUCAAGUAUUUGUUUCCAGUUUUUAAUUGGCUCAUGACUUCCUUUCAGUUAAACUUUUCAGAGUUUUAUUUCUUUGCAACAUGUUUUUAAUUUUGGAUGAUUGCGAGUUGCUAAACAUGUGUUAUUCACUAUUACUCUGCUUUUAGGAUCACUCUACUUAGCUAAAUAUUUAGAAAUCUAUGAUUAUUACGAUGGUAUAGUUUGAGGAACAUAUAUGACAGGUAAAACUUACAUCCGCAAAGUGUAAAUCAAUUUUGUCAAUGCAUGAAAUCAAAAGAUUGCCUUAUUUUCAUAUGCGUGAUGGACAAGUAACGUAGAAAGAUAUUUUAAUUAACGCUUCUGUUUUUGAUAUUCAGAGAAUCUAAUUCAAUAAAUAGGCAAUAUUCCUACUAAUGCGUUUAUGGCAAGAGUAUCAUUGAGGCUUCCGUUUUUCUUUCAAGAUUUACAUGUUCACUUUCAAGUUGUGUUUCUAAGAGUAUCAUAAAACCCCAACGGAAGAAACACAACUCUCUGUUUCCCAUUUCCCAUCUCUAUCAAUAUUGAAACCACCAUAGGAACUGCAUACCAAGCUCUAACCAACCCAAUACACCGAAAGACUGCGAAACUGUAAGGAAUUCUAUUACAAGCCAACAAAAUACAAAUCAUAAUCCAGCUCUGAAACUAACAAUCGCGUUUCUCUUAGGUUUGAGGUACAAGAAGAAUGGAGAACCCACCUCAACCACUCCCUUUGGAAACUGCAGGUACAAGAAUACUUUUCUGUAGAAAGUAAUGUUUUUUUAAUGGAGUUGAAAAUAGUUCAUAUAGUAUAAGUAACGAUACUUAACUCCAUCGACACAACACUUAUAAUACAAACGGCUGUCACCAGUUUUUGUUUUUAAGCAUCAAAUUUAUCAACGUUGAUUGGCUUGACAGAAUUUUUUUGAAAAAAAUUAAUGUGUUCUAGAUUGUUAAAAAACUGUAAAGAGUUUUGGAGAAUCUGGGGAGUGUCUGUAAAUGGUUCUACUAAAACCAUAUAAAACAUGCAAAUAUUUUUAAAAUUCAAAACUCAUAUAUGGUCUUACUAAGCUAAUAAAAUUGAAUUCAAUUAUAUUGUAGUAUAAUUACAUGAUCAAGCUUAUUGUAAACAUAUAAAUAUUUUUGGACAACAUGAACUUAUAUAAUCUAAUACGAAUUAUAAAAUAGUGUUUAAAAAGGUUUUGAGUUAUAACAAAAAUUUAAGAAGUUAAUGUAAAAUCUAACAUACGAUCAAUGCAAAUUAUAUGAUUUGGCUAAUCCAAAUAAAUUGGCUGAUCUAAAUUAUUAGUUCCAAAAUUAUGUAUCUAAAUUAUUAGUUCCAAAAUUAUGUAUCUAACUAAGAUACAAAUUCAAAAACAUAUAAGACAUUUUUUAUAUACAAUUACCUAGGCAAUUUAGAAUUUAUAAAUAAAUAAAUAAAAAAUACAGUUACUAUCAAGAUUUGAAUUUUGGUCACCCCAAUUUAUAAAAUAACUUGGUUCGGAUUAGGCGAUUUCUUCAUAAAACAAAUGCCCUAAGAAUUUGCAAAUUAAUUAUAUUAACAUCUACCAACCUAUUCAAGACUUUUUUUUGGACAAAAAAAAAUAAACAACUUCCUAAAUUUUAUUCAUCCAGAAACUUCUAUCGGGAUCACACAUAAAAGAAAGAGCGCCCACUCGGAUCACGCAACAAACCCAAAGGUGUGUCAUUACUCUGAAGAUAUAUUAUUUUCUACUCCACAAACAUACUAUUUUAAAUUAUGAAUGUAUUUUGUAGUCAAUAAGAUAUGUGAUCCACCCACGUUCAAACUCAAAUAUUAUGAUUGUAAGUUUAAAUGGAUUAUAACAAUAUAUUCUUCAUCAGUACCUAUUGAUUAGCCAAUUGAGUUAUGUAAUUUAAUCAUAUAGGUGGCUGUGACAACUGUGACCUUUAUGGUAUAACCUCUUUUCAGGCUAAAAACAUUAUUGUUCCUCAAUGUCUUAUGCUUAUAUUCUCUUAAAUGGAUCGCUUACAAUUUAACCAGUGAGCCACAAAAAUGCACGAGGGAUGAGAAAAGCCAUCUUGCUAUCCAAACGAACGUCAUCCCUGCCACAAGGUAACUAUCUCUGUCAACCAUAAAACACUUAAGAAACGAUUACAUAAACUUAUACGUCUCAUCUGCAUAUGCUAUACGCAUAGGUCUACAUGCUCCACGAGAAUCCCAUGGCUUACACCCAACAAAAACGGCGAAGAAAGGUACAUACUUUAAACUAAUAUUUUAAAUCAGUGUCGAGAAUGAGCAUGAUAAUUUAGAAGCCAAUUCCAAUAAAUGUUAGCUAAUUCAGAUGAUAAAUUUUGGUUGCCAAUAACCUUCAAUGCGGAUUUUUAAAAUCAUAAAAGAAUUUUUACUUUAUGAGUUUUUCAAAAUUAGUUGUUUUGUGGCCAUAUAAAUUAUACGUGCUUCUGGUCCUACAUAUUAGAGGCCAUAAAAUUUAUACUAUAAUUCUUACCAAAUAUUAAACGGUUUUAACUAUAAAAUAUUAUACACACUAUGUCUUAACAAAUUAAACACGUUUAACCACAGAUAAAUGCUCCACAUCUAAAGCCGAAGAUAACCCCAUCGUAGAAUGCACAAAAUGUGGUGCAUUAAUGUGGACUUCGGAGAGCACUGGGAAAGACUCCAGAACAGGUGAACCAACAUUCACAAUUUGCUGUAACCAUGGCCAAAUAAAGCUUCCACCGAUCAAGCAACCGCCAGCCCUGUUAGAAGAACUUCUUCAGUCUAGAUGGUUUUAAGAUAUCAUCCAAGUCUAUAAUUCUGUACUGGCUUUCACCUCCAUUGGUAUGAAAAUGGAUUAUAGUGUGGUGCAUGCUCCCGGACCUUAUACUAUACGGAUCCAAGGUCAAACCCACCGUAGAAUUGGCUCGCUUAUACCACGACAACGUCGUCCCCCCGAAUAUCUCCAAUUUUAUAUAUUUGAUACUGGCAACAAAGUCAGGAACCGUUUAAACGCGAUGGGCCAAACCUCAACCGAAGGUAAUCUUGAUGAGACAACCUUAGUGCACCUCAUCGAGAUGAUUGACGAGAAUAACUGUUUAGCUAAGCUUUUCCGACGGGCACAUGACUACUACGAAGGCAGCGGGCAAGAGUUUAAUAUUAGGUUGCUCUCAGAUAAAGGGAAUGGUAAAGAAUACGAUCUUCCGAGUACGAGUGAGGUCGCAGGCCUUAUCGUAGGGGAUAUGUCAUCAACAAUUGGAGUAAGAGAUAUAGUGGUCCAAUUCCAAUCUGACACUUUGCAGCAGAAACGUGACGAUCACCCUCUAUACAUGAGCCUCCAAUAUCCUCUUCUCUUUCCAUAUGGUGAGUAUGGAUUUCACCCCGAGAUCCCAUUACAUCUUGAGACGGGCACAUCGAGAACAAGGCAAUUCCUAACCAUACGCCAGUACUACGCUGCUCAGAUACAGACACGUCUUAACCAGGGGAUGACAUUGGUUAAAGGGGGUUGUCUCCUCCAUCAAUAUGUUGUGGACGUUUUUACGGCAAUCGAAGAAGAUCGGCUGAGAUGGGCGAGGAAUAAUCAAUAUGUUUUGAGAGCCGAGCUCUACAGUAAUGUACUCGAUGCUGUUAGCAAGGGCGACACCGAUGCUAAAAUUAUUGGUCAAAGGUUCAUACUGCAGCCAAGUUCCACCGGCGGACCUCGAUACUUAGUUGAGAAAUACCAUGAUGCGAUGGCUAUCUGCAGAGAAUAUGGCAAUCCAGAUUUGUUUAUCACAAUGACGACCAAUCCUAACUGGAUAGAGAUUAAAGAACAUCUUGAGAGAUAUGGUGGAGACUCCCCCAAUGAUAGACCAGACAUUGAAUGUCAGGUCUGUAAGAUGAAUUUAGAUCAGCUACUAAAGGCUUUCAAAAAAGGAACUUUCUUCAAGCCAUACACAGCAGCUCUCCACAGAAUGGAGUUAAAAAAAAUAUGCCUCCCUCAUGCACAUAUAUUAUUGUGGUUUGGAAACUCUUCCAGAACACCAAGUUCAGAAGAAGUAGAUGAGAUUAUUUCAGCCGAGCUCCCAAACAAAGAAGAAGACCCAUAAGCUUAUAAUUUAGUGACAAAACACAUGAUCCAUGGUCCAUGUGGUGUCAUUAAUCCGAAGUCACCGUGUAUGAAAAAUAACGUGUGCAAAAAAAAGUAUCCUCGGUCGUAUAAUGGCAGUACUUCGAUUGACAAAUCAGGGUAUGUAUUAUAUCGUCGCCGCCGUAAUGAAAAUGAGUCUGUGGUUAAAAAUGGGUCAAUCGCAAACAACACGUUUGUUGUACCUCAUAAAAUUAAGCUCCUAAAGAAGUACGAGGCUCAUAUUAAUGUGGAAUGGUGUAAUCGUACAAGUGCAGUGAAGUACUUAUUCAAGUACAUAACCAAGGGUGUUGACAGAGCAUCCGCAGUUAUUGAAAAAGAAAAUACGGCAACUACCUCUGACACAGUGGCUUCUGGUGAACCAAAGAAAAAAGUGAUUAAGCAACGGAAUGAGAUCCAAGACUACAUCGAUGCUCGGUAUUUAUCAGCUUGUGAGUCUAUGUGGCGGACUUUCACAUUCCACAUACACAAAAGAAAGCCGUCAGUUGAGAAGCUUAUCAUUCACUUAGAAGGCGAACAUACCAUCACAAUUAAAGCAACUGAUAACCUCGGUCGUGUAAUCCGCAAACCAGGUAUUGAGAAGACAACGUUUACUGAAUGCAUGGUAUUAUGCAGAAGGUCAUCAUUUGCACGGACAUUAACUUAUGUGCAAAUACCAGAAUAUUUCGUAUGGAACAACAGUACCAAAGUCUGGUCUGAACGUAAGAAAGGAAAAAACCAUUGGGCGAAUAGUGGUUGUCCAUCCAUCAGCAGGGGAUCGAUACUACCUGAGGAUCCUCAUUAAUAAGAUUAAGGGCCCUAGAAGUUAUGACGAGCUGAAAACGUUCAACGACGUGAAAUACCCUGACUUCAAAUCAGUUUGCCACGCAAGAGGCUAUUUGGACGAUGAUGUUGAAUGGCUCGAGAGUAUGUCGGAGGGUGCUAGAACAGCCACCCCAUACCAACUCUGUGAUAUGUUUGUCACAUUCCUAAACAAUUGCUUCAUUGCAAGCCCUAAAGGACUAUGGGAGCACUCAUGGAAAUCAAUGAGCGAGGACAUACUUCACAAGACACAAAGGAUCUUAGGCCACACAAAUCUAGAACUGGAUGAUGAGACCUUUGAGCAAUACACGUUAAUCGAAGUGGAAAAGUUGAUCGCGCAUGUAGGACCGCUCAUUAAAUGAUAUUAAAGAGAUGCCAAAGAUUAAACAUGUUUUGCUAAAAGAAUUGGGGAACAGUUUUUGGAACCAAGAAAUGGAUUACGAUGUUGCCGAUGAAACACUCAGACAUGACAGUCAUUACAACUUACUUAAUCCGAGCAGCGUGCGAUUUACGAAUCAGUCUUAGACUCUGUUGAUAAAAGGAUGGAAAACUAUUCUUUGUAUAUGGCGCAGGGGGCACAGGAAAAACAUUCAUAUAUCAAACCAUUAUAUCUAGACUUCGCUCGAGAAAACAAAUCGUUCUCCCGGUUGCUUCUUCAGGAAUAGCCGCAUUGCUACUACCAAAUGGAAGAACGGCUCAUUCUCGCUUUAAUAUUCCUUUGAAGCUCGACGAAGAUAAGCUCUGCAACAUCAAACUAGGUACGAUGCUGGCUGAACUCAUCGAGAAAACGGACCUCAUAAUCUGGGAUGAGGCACCUAUGACGCACAAUCACGCCUUUGAAGCACUGGACAAAACUUUGAAGGACAUAAUGUCUAUGAAAAAUCCACCCGCAAAGAAUCAAACUUUUGGCGGAAAAACAGUUUUGCUAGGUGGUGAUUUUAGACAGAUCCUACCAGUAAUUCCACAAGGUAGUAGAGCUGAUACCGUCUUAGCUUUGAUAAGUCAUUCAUAUCUAUGGAACAGCUGCCCCAAGUUCCCUUUGAAGACAAAUAUGCGAGUCAACCAGGACGAGAUAGAGUUCUCUGAUUGGCUUCUCAAGGUCGGUGAAGGUCAAACAGAAUCAGGACAAGAAGAUGAGGAUGAUGGCUACCACGACCAAAUGAUAAUCGUCGACAACUCAUUGGUCCCAGAGAUUAAGGAUGUCUCAUUAAAAGAAGUUGUCGAUGCUGCGUAUGGUGAUGUCAACAAGAUAGAGGCCUCCCAAAGUUCAUGCACCGAUAAAGCUAUACUAACCCCCCGAAAUGAUACAGUCGAUGAAAUUAAUGCGUAUACAAUCUCCAAAACCGGCGGGGAGUCAAAAGACUACUACAGUUACGAUAGCUUUGAGGUUUCGGAAACUCAAUCUAACCAAAAUGAUACAUUAUACGCCAUUGAGUAUCUCAACUCCAUGGAGUUUCCAGGAUUGCCUUCUCAUAAACUCACUCUCAAAGUUGGGGCCCCGAUUAUGCUUCUGCGGAACAUAAACCAAACAAAAGGAUUAUGUAAUGGUACCCGUAUGAUCCUAUAGGCGAAAGAGUGCUUAAGGCAGAUAUAUUUAUUGGCUCCCACAUUGGAAAAGAAGUUUUGAUCCCAAGAAUUGUCCUCUUGCAUGGGGAUACAAAGCUACCGUUCACUUUACGUCAACGACAAUUCCCUAUCAGAUUGUGUUAUGCAAUGACAAUCAACAAAAUCCAGGGACAAGCUUAAAAGAGGUUAUCCUAUAUCUUCCUAGACCGGUUUUCGCACAUGGUCAACUGUACGUGGCCCUCUCACGUGUAACAAGCAAAGCAGGACUAAAAAUCAUCAAAGGGGAAGACUCACACAAACAAAAAGUGAAGAACAUAGUCUACAAAGAAAUCUUCAACCGCCUUCACUCCCAUGAGAUAUUCGAGGUACCACCAGAAAUGAAUCAGAAUUAAAACUCCUUCCCUGAUGAUGGAUACCUCACUACUUCCAAGCUCUCCAACACGAGAAUAUUCAUCACAUCUAUCAUCAUAUUCGUCAAAAAGUCCACCAUCUUAUUUAUGAUUUUCGCUUCUUUGUUUUAAGACGUUAACAUCUGCUCUUAAUAAUGAUAAUGACUAUUUUGCUUCUAAACAUAAUUUAUAACAAACUUAAAUUUUCAAGAGAUUUAGGUUAUUAUUUUUGUAUGAUUUUGUGGGUUGUGUUUUUGGUUUAUAUUUGCAAGAGUUGAGGUUAUACAGAGAAUACAUAAAACUGAUCGACAGUACUUUGGACAACCAAAAAAGUUUGACAUAUCAAACAAAUAACAGCUUAAACAUCAUCACUUACGCGUUUCGGAUUAAAAUAGUAUAAAAUAACUCCAAAUUAUCGAAGAUUAUCACCUAAAAUAAUUAAGUUUAAAAGCAUUUUAAUCUUCUUCCCAAUAACCAACGGUACAAGCUUACCGUUCUUCCAUACAUAAUCAAUAUCAAUGAGACAACAAUUAUUACACAAAUUCAA